AUGUUCACAGCUGAAGGCUACUGUGUCCAAGCGAGAGGUCCAUUCCCAUUCGGAUCAGUUAUACUCGGAUUUCAAGGAUCUUUGUAUGGGCUUAAAAACAGCUAUUUUCUCCUGUUCAAUAACAUUUUCUGGAUGUCAGCUUGUCUGAUUAACAACUCGAUUCUUUUGGUCAAAUUAGUUCAACUAAAGAGGUCAUUGAGUCUCCACGCAAGGUCACAGAGGUCAUACAAAGCGGAAGUGUCUCUUACUUUCACCACAUUCUCCAUGAUUUUCUCGUAUUUGUCGAAUUCAAUGAUUGUGAUAACUGCACAGCUUGGUGGUGACUUGACAUACUAUGCAAUCAUGCUUCGUCCGUUUGGAAAUGAUUUGGAAACAUGUGUGGUUCCAUGGGUAUUCUAUCUCACUCAUCCGAUCUUUCGAAAGAAAACUACUACUCUUCGGGUUUUCCAUCAGGAUAAAUUGAACUCUUGA